CAUGCUUCUCUGCUUAUUCUUACUAUAUAUGCACUCCACUUCUUCACUCUGUCUCAACCAAUUCACGCUUCAUUCUUUGGUUUCCACACUUUUGGAUACUUUGCAAGUGUCUCUACUCAAAAUGAGGCAAGCCAUUCUCCUGUAUUUUUUUCUAGGACUAGUGGCUUGCUUAAGUACCCUCUGCACUGUAAGGGCCGAGGAUCCGUAUAGGUAUUUCACAUUCGAAUUUACCUAUGGACAGAUUUCCCCUCUUGGCGUCAAGCAAAGGGGUAUUCUUGUCAAUGGCAAAUUCCCCGGUCCAACCAUCGAUGCCAUCACCAACGACAAUGUAAUCGUUAAUGUGAUUAAUAAGUUGGAUCAGCCUUUCCUUAUCACAUGGAACGGAUUAAAACAGAGAAAGGUCUCAUGGCAAGAUGGUGUGCUUGGAACCAACUGCCCGAUUCCUCCAAAUGCUAACUUUACUUACAGGAUGCAAGUGAAAGAUCAGAUCGGAACCUACUCGUACUUCCCUUCCACUGUAAUGCACAGGGCUGCAGGUGGUUUCGGGGCGUUCGUUAUACGGGCAAGGGCUGUAAUAUUUGUGCCGUAUCUUAAACCUGCCGAGGAGUUCAAUGUACUUGUUAAUGAUUGGUGGAAUUCUGAUCACAGGGUUUUACAAACAAAACUUAACACCGGAAACCCAAUGCCUUUUCCUGAUGGUCUGCUUAUAAACGGUCUUCCUCGCUCCAGUGUCUUUACCGGUGAAAAAGGGAAACGCUACUUGUUUAGGGUGUCUAAUUUGGGCUUGACAACCUCGAUUAAUUUCAGAAUCCAAGGCCAUCACUUGAAACUGAUAGAAAUUGAAGGAUCACAUACCAUGCAGGAACCAUACGAAUCACUUGACAUCCAUGUAGGCCAGUCUGUGGCUGUAAUGAUCACUUUAGAUGGAACCGUGAAGGACUAUUUUAUAGUUGCUUCAACUCGAUUCACUAAGACCGUUCUUACUGCCACAGCAAUCCUUCGUUAUGCUGGUUCAAGUACACCUGCCUCUGGACCUCUGCCAAUUGGUCCGACGUAUCAAGUUCACUGGUCUAUGAAACAAGCUCGAACUCUGAGGUGGAAUUUGACUGCUAAUGCAGCACGACCCAACCCUCAAGGAUCAUAUCACUAUGGAACCAUACCAAUAGUUAGGACACUCGUGCUAACCAAUUCAGCACCCAUAAUUAAAGGAAAGCAACGUUAUGCAAUCAAUAAGGUUUCGUACAAACAACCAGACACCCCACUGAAGCUUGCAGACUAUUACAACAUUCCCGGGGUCUUUAAUCUAAAUACAAUCAAGGAUACAUCUCCUCCUGGUCCAGCAGUUUUAGGUACCUCUGUUGUGGGCAUAACACUUCAUGACUUCGUUGAAAUCGUCUUCCAAAAUGAUGAAAACACUAUUCAGUCUUAUCAUCUUGAUGGCAGUGACUUCUGGCUAGUCGGAUUCGGAUCAGGCCAGUGGAAUUCUACGAUGAGGAAACGCUACAAUCUGGUUGAUGCUACCACCAGAUACACCGCGCAGGUAUAUCCGCUUUCCUGGACUGCAAUAUUGGUGUCAAUGGACAACAAGGGAAUGUGGAACUUGAGGUCUGCAAUAUGGCCAAGGCAACAUCUAGGCCAGCAAUUGUAUCUUCGAGUAUGGAACGACGAAAAGAGCCUAUACACUGAGUCUGAUAUUCCAACAAAUGCCAUACGCUGCGGCAAGGCUGCAAAGUUAUAGAAUCAGGAGCUGUCCUGAUGAUAUUUUUCUUACCAUUUCAUAUUUCUUUUUCUUUUUCUGCUAUAUAGUUCACGUCCCUUCUUCCCUCAUGUAUCAUCAGUUACGAGAGUGUUACUGUUGUAAGGCCAGAGGGGACAUUUAUAGGAAAGGAAAGUAGCAGUUUUAAUAGAAAUCUUAUUGAUGUAUUGGUUCUCUUCCAAGACAAUAAACAGUUCACUACCAUUCUCAAA